AUGACCAAUAACUUUUCUGCUGCAACUGAAUUUAGUACCAAAGAUACAUACCUGCCGCCAAACUGGCUCGAUAUAAAAUUUUCUUUAUAUCUUGUGGGUGAAGGACUAUCAAUUCCAUGUUAUUUAUUCGUCUUCUAUCAUCUUUUGGCGAAAAAAGCAGCUCGUACAACUCUCUGUAACCAUUCACCAUUGGUCGUAUUGAUCUUCAGUUUUAUAAAUCUUAUAAUAGAUCUGCCAUUACAAAUGUCCUAUUAUCGACGAGGAUUCUAUCUACCAUUUAACCCAGCUAUAUGUCUUGUCCAUCGGCUCGUGGACUAUGGAAUGUGGUACGGUGCAAUCAUAGCGAUGCUAUGGCUAUCUUUCGAAAGACACCUUCUAAUAUUUCAUUCAAACUUAGUUCGAACAGCCCGCGGUCGCUUAGUUUUUCAUUAUGCGCCAGUCAUCUACUUUUGCCUGCUUUUUCUUCGACCAUGUGAACAGAAGUACAAUGCUUAUAUAUUUCUAUGCGGUGGUCCAUUUGAUAAAUGUCCGCUUUCGAGCGCACUGUCUUGGUAUUUGGUUAUUGCUCACGAUAUCGUACCAGUUCCGUUGAUCGUUAUUCUUAGUGGCAAUCUUCUUGUUCGAGUCAUCGUUCAAAAGCGCCGACUACAGCAUGGCAACAGUUGGCGACAAAAUCGAAAGAUGAUGAUGCAAUUCAUGUUUUUAUCAGUAGUUUAUAUAAUUUUUAUUCUACCUUUCGCAAUUGUAAGACUGUUAAUUACGGUAGGAAUCACAAAUUUCAACACGAAUGUUUCAUUUUUUCUUUUUAACAUGACAAAUGUACUUUCAAUAGUUAUAUCCUACGCAAUGGCCGUUUCAUUACCAAAUCUGCGGCAAAAACUUCGUACGUUAGUAUGUCAGAAACCAACGGAAGAAAAUGUCUUUAUUUUAACGUAUCGCGCACGACCAUAA